CGUCGUCUUCAAUUAUCUACACAUUGUGUGCCAACAAUCCAGAGUCAGAAUUGCUCGUUGAUUCGAAGUUUGCACGGUUGCGCUCUUGGCAUUGAAAUUCAAGCAGAGAGGGUUGCGUAGGAAUCAUCCAGCCAUGUGUUGGAUUCUAGAGCCAAUCUAGGACACACUCUGAAGCUUUGAAUGCGGCUUGGUUAGGAGAGUAGCAACUGAGGCUAAUGCUACGCUGUGGAUGCUGGUUCUUCGCUUCGAGGUAGGCAGGAUGUUUGCAGGAAUUUUUGUUUUUCUGGUCUGAGGAAGUUUUGGCAACUGAAAUGAGAAUUUGAAGCUAUAAUCGCUUUGGAGACUUAUCUUUCUAGUGAUGCAUCGAAUGCUUUUGGAGAAGUUAUUCGUUUACAAUACAUGGCUGGAUUCCUGCGGCGAUAUGUUACUUCUUUACAGGUGAAGCCAUUACAUUGACGUGCAUAGACUCGAUGGCUGAUUCGCUAGAAAAAAGUGGUGUGGAGAUCGAGCAUGAAGCAAGGCUUUUUGACAAAGUUACAAGCGAGAAAAUCCCCAAUAGACGACCUGAGGGUGGCUGUGAGGAUGUGACUUGCACGAAUCUCUACAAAGGACCUCAUGUUGACAGUUCGGAGGAAGGAAAUUGUUUUGUUGGAGUGGAGACCGGAAAGUGUAUUUCAGAAGCGCAACUGGUUAAGACCGACACAGAUCAAUUUUCAUGUUCUAUUGCAGAGUUGGAUAUUCCCAAUCAUGGGGGAAAUGCUGCGACGCGAUUGGAGGGAAUAGUUGCACGGGUAGAGGGAAUUGACAGUCAGGGUGUCUCUGUAGUGGCGGGUCCUAUUGGGGACCUUGACUUAGAAGAUGUGUCGUCUGAGUGUUCCCUUCUUCCUGGUAUCAGCUCUCACUGCUUUGGGAACGAUGAAGAACCACGUCGAAGGCAUGAAGUUGAGCACACUGUUGAACAGCUCCACCCUGGUGCUAGGAGCACCAUUUGCCAUCAAAACAUCUGCAAGACGCUCGAAGAUUUCGUGCAUUCCAGUUCGACUUUAGAUACCCAAUCUUGCCAUCGAGGGGUUUCUCAGAAUAGUGAAUUUGGUAUCGGAAUUAGAGAGGGUGCUGUGACAGGGACUGUAACAAAGGAAUUGCUCGACCAGGACUCCUGUGUGCCGCACCCACCAGUCUUCCAAUCUCAACGUACCCUAGCCUCUGACGCUGCAAAUAUUCGUGCAUGUGAGGGAUUUUUGGUUACUGAUGACGAGUCGUCGUUGACUUCCAAUUACCCUCAAUUGGUAGACGUUUUUGUGCGUGACAAAACAGACGCGAGGGUUGGAAAUGAAUUUGCCCUCGAAUUAGGGUUGCAGGAAAGGGCGGACAAUUUUGAUGUGCACGGAGUGUUGGCGAACUACGAAAGCAGUCUCGGGGAUUGUCAAAUUCAUAUUUUGACAGAGCAACACACAGGACCAACCACAUCUAUGGACGAGGUAGUUCGCAUCGAUGAAAAUCUCUCCAAAGAAGUUGAGACUGGGCAGACCGAAGAGAACCAAGCACAAGGAGAGCUCAUAGAAGUCGACAACGACAGCUCAAGCGCUGCUGACAUUGAUGAAAUUGGUAUGCGGCUCUUAAAACUUGAUUUGGCAAAGGACGAGUCGACGUCGUACCGAGUUGAUCAACAAAAACAUCAUUUUGGAAAGGGAACUGGUGGGAACCUUGCUGGAGUUUUUACACCUUUGCCGCCGAAAGCAGAGACACAAGUAAAGAAUGCUAUGAUGCGUCCUAAAUGGAGUACGGUUCUUGUGUUUCACAAGGGCUCCAACAUAGAAGUGACAGGAGAGAUCCUCCAAUGCUUAUUGCCAGGUUCCUGGCUUAAUGACGAAGUUAUUAAUGUGUAUAUGGAGUUGCUGAAAGAACGUGAGUCGAGGGAGCCAGAGAAGUUCUUAAAAUGUCAUUUUUUCAAUUCGUUUUUCUAUAAUAAGCUUUUCAAGGAUGCUCAGAGUUAUGACUACCAAGCCGUUCGGAGGUGGACUACGCAGAAAAAGCUCGGUUACAACCUUCUGGAAUGUGACAAGAUCUUGGUACCUGUCCAUCAGAGCGUGCACUGGUGUUUAGGGGUAAUUGAUUUGCGAAGGCAAAAACUGCUGUACUUAGAUUCCCUUCAAGGGAGAGAUCCGAAUGUUCUAAAUUCACUUGCUCGAUACAUUGUGGAUGAGGCACGAGAAAGGGGAGGUCAGGACUUGGAUGUCAGCAAGUGGGAGCAUGUCUAUGUUGAUGAUAUUCCCAGACAACUCAAUGGGUGCGACUGUGGCAUGUUCAUGUUGAAAUAUGCUGAUUUUCACAGCCGUGGGGCCUCGUUAAGCUUCACUCAAUCCAGUAUGAAUUACUUUCGGAGGAGGACGGCCUGGGAGAUUCUUCAAUUGAAAGCGACGUAGUCAUCCAAACGUCAAUCUAGUGUACAUGUCAAUUAAAAUUAACAAUAACGUUGGUCGUCUUCUUUGGAACUGAAAAGAGCUCCGUGCGUUCAGAUUGAGAGUGGUUUGUAUUUCUGUAAUCAAUUAUUUGAGCCAACUCUUUCGUGAGGCGCCUUUAGUGACAUAAGGCACUGUUUCCAGAAACUUGAAAAACAAACAUCUUCAGAGGCGUUUUAUUCAGUAAUCGUCCACUUUGACUAAAUUACAUUCCGUUUUAUUUUUCUGCUUUCCGAUUGCCUCAUGAUUCGGCCAAUGCAACUACCUACAGACUUUUGACGAUGUUAUUCCAGGUCUCCGAUGUUUCAGAGCAUCGACAUACACCAAUUCGGCAUAUUCUAGGCCUGCAAUUCUCUGCUAGUAAAUAUCUGUUGGGAUUUUGAAUUUUUGAUGGUAGGGAUGGCUCUGAAGGUACGAUUUCUGCAACCCUCUGGAACAUGCACCGGACAUCUUUCUCCUGAGCAGAACGUGUUGUAUGCCGCUUCACCUUUACACUCUGAUAGUAUUCCUUUGAUGUGCUCUUCUAGAAUCGAAAACAUGUUGACAGGGUGAAGCUAUAAUUUUAGUUAAAUCUCCUUGUUUCGCCUAACUAGCUGGUGUUAAUGACCAUUCCGGUAAACAAUACCACCAGAAAAGGAGUGUUCGUGUUACGAUACACAGCUGUCCUUUCAUGCAUUGUAGCGAAUCGAUUGAUUGUUACCUUUGUUGUUCAAUGAACGUCAGGAAUAGGAGAUGUUAUAGCCGGCAUAUGUGCCGGUGUUGUUCAACUUUUUUAGAGCUUAAUUUCAAGUAGAAUAUACUUAGUGUGCCAUUUUGUUGAUUUCCAAGAAUAAACCCAUUUCCAAGGCA